CCCAUCGAUACCCGCGCGCUAUCGAUUGCUGCCGCCCAUCUGCUCAGUUGCCACGAAAGUCGCGCGAACGCCGGUAACGGAAAUUCUCGCCAAACGCAGCGCAACGUCGUUCUCGCGUCGCCGUCGACGUCGGCGUUGUGUCGUCGCCGCAGCAGAAAAAUAAAAAUAAAGGAGGAAAAAGAAGGAAAUACCUGCAUACGAUAUAAAUCGAAAUAAAAACGUAAUCGCUUUUAUUAAAAUCCACAACAAACAAACGAGACGAAACGAAAAAACACAUCGAAGGAACAACUAAGAUACCCACACACAAUUCACACCUAAAAGACUGCAAUCUGCCUUAACCAGAGGAAAUCCAGAGAACGGGAACUAUUGAGAAAGUCCCAUAUAGGGUAGGAAAUCGGGUGGAGAACGCAGGAGAAAGUAAGAAGAGAAUCGGAGGAGAAGUGCGCAGAUUGAUUCCAGCACGAUCCGGAUCUGAAUCGGCUGAAUCACUAAGCUGAAUCGGUAACAUAAUCAAAAAAUCAACAUGAGUUCGUUCUUCGAGCUGCUGGGACUUUUCCUGCUGCUGAUGCUGCCAUUCCUCUACGAGACCAAUCACAUAUUCCGAUACUACUUCAAAUUCCUGAUGUACUACGGCAUCGUGUCCUUCAACUCGAUCAUCCUCAUUCCGGCAUUCCUCACCCGACCCUGCGAUGUGCGCAAUCUGUUAUGGGCGAGCACCUGGUGUCACCGCGUUUCGACGUUGAUCGGCCUGCGUUGGGAGCUGCGUGGCAAGGAGCAUUUGGGCAAGGACCAGGCCUGCAUCAUUGUGGCCAAUCACCAAAGCUCGCUGGAUGUGCUGGGCAUGUUCCACAUCUGGCAUGUGAUGAACAAGUGCACAGUGGUGGCCAAGCGGGAGCUCUUCUACGCCUGGCCAUUUGGCUUGGCGGCAUGGUUGGCUGGCCUAAUCUUCAUCGAUCGUGUGCGCGGCGAGAAGGCGCGCGAAACGCUGAACGAUGUGAAUCGGCGCAUCAAGAAACAGCGCAUCAAACUAUGGGUUUUCCCGGAGGGAACGCGUCGCAACACGGGUGAACUGCAUCCGUUCAAGAAGGGCGCCUUUCACAUGGCCAUCGAUCAGCAGAUACCCAUCUUGCCGGUGGUCUUCUCCUCCUACUGCACAUUCCUUAAUGACAAGAAAAAGAUUCUGAAUGCGGGUCGCAUUGUGAUUACCACACUGCCGCCGGUCAGCACCGAGGGUCUAACCAAGGACGACAUCGAUGUGCUAAUGGAGCGUGUCCGCUGCCAGAUGAUUGAGACCUUCAAGCUGACGUCCGCGGAGGCGUUGCAGCGGUAUGCGCCAAUAAUGAAGGGAGGCAUUCCAGUCGCCUCAUCGUCGCCGUCAUCAUCAUCAACCUCCUGCUCCUCCUCCACCACCACCGCCACCUCCUCUUCCACAGCAACUGUGGCUCCUCCAGGAGCUGCUGCCACUCCCGUUGCGGAUGCGGCGGUGGCCGCCGCAGCUGCCGUGGCCAGUAGCAGUUCGGCAUAUGGCCAGCCGCCGGGCUAUGGAGCCGGUGCCGCAAAGGCCAGCUUGCUCAAGACGCUUUAGGCGAUGUAGCAUUUGAUCCACAGACACACACAUCCACACACAUCCACACACACCCACAGCCAGACACACUCAUAUCCAAAAAUACCAAACACCUCAUGGCGUAGCUGGUGUGUCACGUUGGGGGCUUUUAGAUGGGCACGACCACCUGCAAUCAGCUUUAUUUGGGCCUAUUUGGGAAUUCUAUAGUCUACAGUUGUGCAAUUUUCGUACACGCGCAGUAUUUGUAUUGAUAUUAUUGGUUGAAGUCCAACUAUGCUCUCUUAUCAUUUUAUUGUAUUUAUUUCGUAAUUUAUUUCUCAAUUCGUAGGGGCUGAAGUAUUUUUUAAGUUACUGCUUGUACCCAGUAUAAGAUAUUGACUGCAUUGAUCGAAAACAGAGUCAUUUCAAAUUUGAUUUAAUCAACUGAAAGAGAAGUUAAAGUAGCUGCUUACUUGUAAAUACCAAAUCCGUACCACUUUAAACAACGAAACAAGGAAAGUAUUAGCACUUUUAAAUCAUUUAGCAAUAUGGAUGUUGACAGUGCGCUAGUCUUAACUGAAAAUGUCAAAUCCCAAAUAGGUCUAGGCUUACACACUUUUUCGAACAUAAACCAGCAUUGUUUAUCAAGUUAACAUGCGCAUCAUUUUGUAGAUUUCCGCACUUGCAUAAUCUUUUAUUCCUAACUAAAUGUAUAAGAAGAGGUGUAUUUUAAAAGCCAGUUCCAUGUGUUUGGCUCCUCACUUUUAACGUCUCCGGCUACAGCCCACGCAACAACACUCACAUCCAAAUAGUUUGACUAAUUCAGGCACCAAAAUGAGUAUUAGGAGUAGCAACCACAAAACUGCGACCCUCGACUGUCAGACUUUAUCUCUUUCUUAGGCAACACAUACCAAAAAAAACAAAACAACUAACAACAAACCAAAAACAUGAACUCUAUCGUACAGCAUGCAACAGGAAUCGAAAUGACUUGGAUUAUAUUAUGGACCUAAUCAGGCAUUGUUAAGAUCCAAGCCAUUUCGAUUGGGUUUUUAUCCGCCAAUGAUAAUUCAAUGAUAUCUGUUGGUCCUGUUGUCGCGUGUACUUGCUAGAUGAUAACACCAAAUAAUAUAUAAUUAAUAAUAAAAAAUAUCUAAACAUACAUUGU